GGUAUCAUUAUACCAGGAAGAAAAUGGCGUCUCAUCAACAACCAGCAGUACAUCAAAGGCCACUUCAACAGGAUUGGGCUAAUAGAGAAUAUGUGGAAGUGAUAACUGGAAGUAUUAAGAAAAUAACAGACUUCCUAAAUUCAUUUGGUGGGUAUUUUUUCAGUGUAAUCUACCACUCGACCUUCGGCUCCGAAAAAAACCUGUUGUUCCGGUUUUAAGUGCUAUUUAUUAUUUAUUUAGACAAUUUUAUUAUAAUUAUGUUUUUGUUAAUGACAUUGAAUGGACAUUGUCUAGGUACUUGAAUAAAAAUAUUGAAAAAUUUGAACUAAUUUUUGGUAAAAGUGCAGUUCAGGUGCGUAUAUUAUUUCUGUUUGAAUCUCUUAUUUUCCCGUGUAAACUAAUGUUAAUUCUUUAUAAAAAGUAUUUUAAAAGUUAUAUACCAUCUUUUUAUUGGAAUACAACAAUUUAACAAAUUUUACGAGAUAAAAAAUGUACAUUUUUAUGAAUCUUUCGUGUUUUAAGGAGCCGUUGUGGUAAAUCAAGGAUAACUCUUCUGUCUUUAAAGAUACUUUAUAAAAGUUGCCCAAUUGGAUGAAUCUAGUUAAAAUAAAUGAUGCAUUUAUUUUAUAACUUUACUAUCAACUAUAACCAAAGUUGCCCGGGGCUGCAUUCAGAAAAAAACAUCUGCUACGUCCUUUUAGUUAACAAUACUAACAUUGCUAUUAAACGAAAUGUCAACAACAAAACAACAACACUAUAGUCUAUAGUAAAAAAAAUAAUAAUUAAUUUGUCUCCUAUAAAAACACCUAAAAUAACUUAUGUAAACUUUUCGUUUUUCCCGUUUUACAAUGGUACCAGGAAGGAUCAUGAUGGGAUCCCGAACCCGAUGUGAUUCCGAUAGAAUCCUGGUCAUGGUUGGAUCCCGAUCCUGGUAAGAUACCGAUCCCGGUGAGAUCCGUUUCCGUGGUAUCCCAAAUUAAAUGAGAUCCCAAUCCGGUGGGAUCCCGAUUCCGGUGGGAUUGCAUUUCGGUGAGACUCCGAUCCCGAUAGGAUUUUGAUCCAAGUGAGAUCCUGAUCCCAGUGGGAUCCCGAUCCAGUGGGUUACCGAUCCCGGUGGGAUACUGGUUACGGUGAGAUCCUGUUUCGGGUGAGAUCCCAUUUCGGGUGAGAUCCCGUUUCGGGUGAUAUGCAGAUCCCGGUAAUUAUAGGGAGCUCACAUACUUGACAUACGAACACAGCUUACAAGCCACAUUGCAAUUGUUAUGAGUGCCUUAGGAGAAAUUCCAGUUGUAUUAACGUUAUUUGUUGCUCCACAAGGUGCGCGUUUAAACCAAAUGCUGCACCAUUAAAAAUGCCCGUUGCAUCAACAAUUUUAGUUAUUGUUUCUUGGUAGUCCUGCCAUUUUAAACAAAAUGAUCCUACAACCAGCAAGUCCGUCUUAUAAUAUAAAAAAAAUAAUCACUAGCCCUCACUUUACUCAGCGCAAAUCAGUCACCAUUAAUAAGCACAUUUGCAAUUGCAUACGAAAAAAGAGGAGGGGUACUCAAAUUAGAGCUGACCGAUCACGGACAGCGUAUUAGCAGCCUUCAGGAUGAGAUGACUAUCAAAAUGACCCCACGCUAUCAUUCCGAUUUCCCCCAUUUGUGCAACGUCACAAAUAGUUUUUUUUUCAAAACUGGACACGUGAUCACACAUUGGCACGUAUUCGUGCACCCCCCCCCCACCCUUUCUUUUUUCAGCUUCACACCAGGUCCAGGAUAAUGAUGACGUGUGUGUCCACUGCCCUAGUCAGUGAUCCACCUCUAAUUCCCCCCCCCGCCCACCCGACCAGACUUCAAAGGACAACCCCUAUAUUCCGAGCGCUCUUGCUCUGAGGGGAACAAAAAAGAAGGGGGGGGGGGGGGCUUGUGAAUAAUGAAAAAUCUAGUAUUUCAUUCUUUUUUGUGAAAAUGCUUACAGUUUGAAAAUUUCGUUUAGCAUACUAACUUAUAGGUGGCUAAAAAUCUGGCAUAGGGUGAAAAGAAAAAUACAAACAAAUGGGGCUGUGUCACUUUGGUUGGGGGAUGGCUUAAAGACUCUUUAGAAGUAAAAUAAAAAGAAAAGAUGCGACUCAUAAUUCAGAAUUAGUUAACUAUAACUGCCUGUAUUUAAUUAUUAAAGAAUACACGUAAGUUUACCUUAUAAAAAAUUUUUAAAAUACGAAAUGCGUUAAGAAAUAAUAUACGCAUUUGAACUGCACUUUUACCAAAUUUUUUUAAUAAUACAGUUAGUUAGAGCAAAUUUCAAAUAAAAAAUUGAAACUAGAAUCAACUUUUUAGCUUAUGUCUUAUGUACUUUUUGAGCUACGAAUUUUUAAAGUGUGAGUUCGUUUGGUAUUUUUUACUAUGACGAAACCUUCACAUCUUGUGACCUCAUUUCCCUGAUUGCGUCAUGCGCAAUGACUAUAUAUUUUAUAUAAGGCAACGCAUCCCCUAUCACUAAAAUACUGUUUAGGGUCGACUUAGUUGAAACUUUCAACUUUGGCACAUGAAUAAUUAAUUAAAGCUUUCCCUGACCAAUGGUUUAAUAGUUUUUGCACACGGCAAACUCUUAUGAAUGAAACUCUGAGCUAGUACUACGAUACAGCAAUUAUGCAAGUGGCUGUAAAUGGUUGCCAAUGACAACGUGUUGCACACCGUAAAUUCUGAUCAUUUAUAAUAUGGACUCUACCGGGUUUUUAAAGCUCUAAUUAAAACAUUCCAGUUUAAAUGUCUUCAAAAUGCAUUCUGAAACACAAGUUAUCAAAUAUUUUGAUGUAAAUAGUGGUAAUAAUUUAAUAUUUCCUAAGUAUCGGCAACUUCCGCCAUGUCGAAAUCAGGUUGAGCGAACUGCAUGACCUGCUGCGAACCCGUAGAAACAUGGCGUCUCUCGUAAAACACAUAUCGCUGUGAAAAUUGGCAUACAUGUAGAUCAAUACAUUCCCCAGAUGCAAAAAAAAAUUUGGUAGUGACAAGUCUUUUACUUCGACUUAAUUUUAAUGAAGAACGUUGCCUUAUAUUUACCAAGGAUUUUCUCAAAGCUGACUGAUUGUAAAUGAAAAAGAAAUUGAUUAAAAUGUAGGCCAAGAUGUCCUCUAAAGCGAUAGGCCGGAAGAGGAACACAAUUCUGGGAGAUAGUAAUUAUUUUAUGAAUUAGUGGUCUCCCUUGCUUAAUGGAAGUACAUACAUUGUCAUUGCACUUAUUCUUUACAGCUCAUGUAUAAUACAAUUACUCCAAAUAAGCAAAUUUAAAAGAAAAAAAAAACAAUUCUAAAUUUUAAAAGAGAAGAAUUUAGACAACUUGGAUCAAAAAUUUUUUGUUGAUGCACCACAAGGGAGUGUUCGUAUAUUCAUAUAUUCCAUUUCUGAUUUGAUUUAUAUUGGCAUAAGCUGCCCACCCAUCUGAUAGAGUCAGUAGGUACUUUGUUGAGUUCUGGGAAAUGCCGAAAACCGGGUAUUAUGAUUUCAUUGUCAAAAUGGCGACAUUUGAUUUAUUAGAAUAGCAAUCAUCAUGGAUAACCAGUCAUAUUACUAUAACAUAUAGUAUAGCUGUACAUUGUAAAUAAGGAAAUGUGAACUUUAUUUCAACCCGAAGCAAAUAGCAUAAUGUAUGUCACUAUAUUUGAUGAUGUAUCAUCUAGCAAAAUAAGCUUUUUGGCCAGAAACCUUUUCACCUUCACAUUUGUAAUGCCUAAUCUUGUGAAACUGUGUAAUUGAUUAGGCAUUGUAAGAAUUAAGCCUAAAUUGCCUAAAUGAUUUCUGAAAUAAAUAUUUUUUUAAAUUUAACAUAUUUUUAGACUUUUUUUUUUUCUUUUAAAAGAUCAACCCUUGAUUUUUAAAAAAGAAAAUGUUUGUGUAUAUUUUGAUAGACACAUCCUGUCGAUCAAGACUUGCAGUUCUUAAUCAGAAACUGACAGAACUAGAGAGACGAGUUGAGUAUAUUGAAGCCCGGGUAAGUUAGAUCUACACUAGAAUUUAUAAAUUUUAAAAUGGUGUUUGUUACAAACUUCUGUCACCAUUUUAUCACAAUGAAAAUCAUCCAUUUUUGUAAGUCUACUGAUUCAGACAGCGAUCCGACUGACAAAAUCCUCAGUGACCCAUGGCACUAUGUAAUUUCACAGUUAUUUUGUUUGUUUUUUUAAAGUUUGAUAAUUAGUAGAUUGAUUCUAGAGUGGAAAUUGUUUGUUUGCUUAUUUACCGUCUAUAAUUGAGGGUUUCUCUUAUUAUUAAUAAAAAAGAUAAGAUAAUUGCAUCUACGAGAGCUCAGUUUUUGGUGUCAAUAUAAGCUAUUUACAUUAUACAUAAAUUUAAAAAAAAACAGUUUCGAAGAUCUGCUUAUCACAGAUACAAUAUGAAGUUAAAUUUUUAGGACUUAGACUUUAGAGUUUGUCGUUAAUAAUGGUUUUAGGUGCCAUUGCUGAAUCAAGAAACAACUUAAUUUGUUUUAGCAAGCUUUAAACAAUCGGGAUUGAUUUCAAGGUCCUAACGUGGAAUUUACUAAAACGUUGUCUUUUUUGUGUGUGAAUAGUUUUAGGAUUUAAUAAGGCAGGGUUAAAGAAAGAAAUGUAAAUUUAAGCAGUUUCCUUUAUUAUUAAUGUUUCUUUAUAAUGACAACUUAUAGACUCAUGUUUCAGUGUUAAUUAUUUUUAUCAAGAGUUUUCAUUGUUUUUUGCAACACUAUAUGAGUAUUAUUAUUUUUUUUUUUUACUUUCUCAUCUUAAUUAGAUUGAAAACAGGUUUUAAAUAUUCACCUUGUGCAUAAUUAAAUUUUGUACCUUAAAAAGAUUUGUUGAACAUAAUUGUUCACUAAUUUUAUAAAUUGAAAUAAUUUUUAUUCUUUUUCAGUUAGUGAUUUCAUAUUAGUUUGAAACAAGCUAACGUUUUCCUAAAUGAUAAAUACUUUUAUACAUAAUUUUUUUUAAAGGAUUAAAUUUAUUGGAAAUUUGUUAACUAAUAAACUGUCAGAGGUAAUUUAGAAUCUUUAUAGGUAUAAUGGCUUUAAGUUUCAUUAGUGAAAUGAUUUCUAAAAAAGUAAAUUAUUAUUGCAUCAUUUUAGUUUUAUAAUUUUUUUUAAUCAGUACCUGGCACUGUGGAUGUCUCCUCCUUUUUUGCUUUUGUGCUAAUGAAGGGGAGUAGGGAAAAUGCAUCAGUAUUAUUAAUAAUAUAUAUGUAUUAUCGAAAAAAAAAAAACUAUAAGCAAGAAAAUAGCGAGAAUGCAAGGAGCAUUUUUUAAAUUUAAGAAUGUCUGAUAUUAUAUGUCUGUGUAUUAUUUUCCUUUGUGACCUUUAUUCUUUCUAGUGUUCCAUUAGUUCAUCUCAGAAAAUUUAAUUAGAUCUUUUCCUAUUAGAGUUAUCAGCAUCAAUAUGAUUUUUUUGUUGCUUAUUUUCCCCAUAUUAAACAUUAUGUGCUUUUAUCUUCCAUUAUACUUAUACAGUCUUGGGAAAACACAGUGGGCCCUAUUAAAAGAAAUCUUCAUCUGUCAUAUUCCAUAAAAGAAAUCUUCAUCUGUCAUAUUCCAGGUGUUUUGAGAAUAUGUUGUUUGUCAGUUGUAUUUAUCUACAUUAUUUUUUGUUGUUGCUUUCUCCAACUUCACAGAACUAUAAUUUGAUUUUAUUCUUGUUUUCUAAUCAUAAUGUCAUUGGAAAGGAAUUUCAUUCCUUUUUGUUUUUCUAAUUAAAAAUAAAUUGUGAUUGUUCACUUAUUAUAUUAGAAGUAUCAUAUUUGGGGAUAAAUAAAAAAUACUAUUCCACCACACCAGAGGCUAUUGUUGUAUUAAUUGCAACAUAAUUGUUGAUACAUUUAAUUUUCAAUAAAAAUUACAUGCUUCGUUUUUUUCCCCCCCCUCAGCAUAAGCAAUAGUGCAAUAGUUAAAAUUUUAUUUACUUCCUUUGAUUUGUAUUUUUUUGGUAGAAUCCCUGUGUCUUCUUGGCAUAGAUCCACUCGUCAACAAAGGAAAUAUAAAGGAACAUUGAUCAGUUCAAGCUGAGAUCCUUUAAUUUUGGCAUGCUUGUUUUUCAAUUUGUUAUUGUUAGCCUUAUCUUAAGAAAUUAUAACCGUACAUCUUCCAACUUUUUUUCCACAUAGGGUAUAUAGAUUUUUUCUUCUAAAUGCAGCAUUUUAAAACAAUGUCCCCAUUUACCUGUUUACAUUGUUCCUUAUGUCUGUUUCCAGAUUGCUCAAAACGAGACCCUGUCUGAGAAUCAUAUAGAAGAAAUUGAGAUAGGUUCUGAAAAUUUUGUAUGAGUGCAAACUAGUUGCCUCAUUCAAACUUGAUUGACGGGUAAAUCUCUGAGUGUCAUUUGCUUAUAUGUUUUAUUCCUUGAUUUUUUUUUGUUACAACUUUUUUUUUUCCAGACACUCUCAGCUUUGUAGUUGGUUCUAACAUGAUGUUUGAAUUAGCUUUUAGAAUUUCCAACAUUGUGUUAUUUCUCACAAAUAUUAAAUUCAUUAUACACCUUGAAACAAUUUCCUGCCUGCUCUAUUUGUUCGGCUUUGUAGGAGGCUCAAAGGAAUCUUUUCCCCUAGCUCCAAAAAUCUGUUGUGGUAUUCAUUCUGUGCUUGCCUAAUUUUAAUCUGGAUGGGUGUUGUGACAUAGCUUUUAGAAACUGAGGAAAAUACAUGUAGUUACAAUUUUAUCAAGCACUUUUAUUUAUUUGGAUUGGACUCACAGUUGGUCAAUUUUUGUUUUUGAAAAAGUUCAUACAAUUAAAGCAAUUAUUUUUCUACGCUUAGUUUUGCAGCUUAACACAAUUAAUAAGUGGUAUGUAAAAAUAAAAUUCAGUAAUUUCAUGUUGUUAAGUUUAACUUAUUGCAAGUUCUAUUACCAUUUUUUGUAUCUCAGUUAAUAAUACUUAUAUUUGAGCUCUUAGGGUGAAAAAAAUAGCAUUUUGAAAUAUCACUUUCCCUAUUAAUAAAAUGCAAAACCAGUUAUAUCUAACAUUUGAUAAAUAUAAAUACAUUUACACAUUUUUAUGAGGUCUUAACCAUUUGUAAACAUCUUUACUUGAUUUUAAUAGUAUACCUUUUGACUCAUUUUUUUUAAAGGCAUGUACAGGUCAAGAAAGGUGUAUACACCAUAUAUGCAGAAGAAUGUUAACCUUGGCAUAUAUUAACAGUACAUAUUUAAGAAGUGGUUUUUAGAAGGGUUGCUAGGGUGAAUUUUUGGGACAGGGGGAUGGACAAUAAAACAAUGGCAUGUAACUGAUAUGAUAAUAAUUUUUUGUUUAAAAAAAAAAAAAAAAAAAAAAAAAAAAAAAAAAAAAAAAAAACAAAUUAUAAAAAAAAAAAAAAAAAAAAAUAGUGGUUUUUAGAAGGGUUGCUAGGGUGAAUUUUGGGGACAGGGGGAUGGAAAAUAAAACAAAGGAAUGUAAAUGAUAAGAUAAUAAUUUUUUGUUUAAAAAAAAAAAAAAAAAAGCAACAUUAGCAGAUCAUCUAUACCCAUAUUUCAAAACCAAAUUCAAAUAUAUAUUCUACACCCCCUAUAAAUUGUUUGAUUAAGUCUUGCACACCCUACAUAAGUAACAAUGCUUUUAAAAAAAUUGGACAAAAAAAUGGGUUUCUGAUCAACUUAAAAAAUAAAUUAAAAAGUAUUUAAGCAUUUAGUCACAACUCCUCUGUUCUUAUAUUGUUCCUUGCAUCCCCUGAACUCCCACCACAAACCUCAGGUUGGGAACCCCUGAGCCAACUUUCAAUGAACAUUUGAAGUUUUCAUGAGCUUUUUUUUAGUUAAAAUACUUAUUUGAAUAUUCUCUUUGUAUUUAACAAGAGAUUACUGUAGCUGUGAAAUUUAAGGUAGGGAGAAUGAAAAUUUCCAGGCCUUUUGAUCUUAAAAUUGACAGAAUCUUUGGUCUGUUUCUUUCUACAUCACAUUUCACAGAUUAUGUAUUAUAUUAUUAUCUUCUUUGGUUUGAAGAACACAUUGUAAAUCAGUGGUUAGUCAAAUACUGGCUGAAAAAAAAAAAAUAUAAAUUCAUAGUUAGCAAUCUCUUUUGCACAGACUAGUUCUAAGAUUAGAACAAAAAUUUUAAAUUUAACAUAUUUAUGUCAUUUAUGGAAAUCAGUGACACUUUAAUAACAGUAUGACUUUAUAUCAGCUGAUCUUGAAUUAGACGGUUUGAUGCAGUCACAUAACUUUAUUGUCAGUGUGGACUAUUUCUAUUUAUUAAUAUCUUCAUUUUAUUUCCUUACAUAAAUAACAAAAAGAAACUAUUAUUUUUGUUGUAUUGUAAUUGAUAAAGUGUGAAACAUGGUGUCUCUUCCUUCACAAAGGCAUGGUGUGAUCAACUUAGGCAUGUUGAUUCAUCUUUCUAUUUUAUUUUAAUUUUCGGCUAUAUCACAUUAAAAGAUCCCAUGUUUUAACCGUCUCAUCGAGUUUUAUUAAUUUCUACUGAUUUUGGUAACGGGGCUUUCUUCAACAUGUAUUGAUGGCUAGGGAUAUAAAUAAACACAGCCAGCUGAAAAGGCCCGGGAAAACAAACAAAUCUAUUGCUAGCUAUUUACUAUUUACAGGCAUCACAUAUAUUAUGGCACAUGUUUUUUUUUAGCAGCACUUAUUUAUUUAUGGGUCCUAUGGUGUCAUGUAUUUAACUUUUAAACCGCCUCUCUGCUCCAAGUGAGAUGUUUAUUUGAUUUCAUGUUUUCUUCUCCCAUCUUAAAUGGCCACAUAGGGAAUGAAACAAGGAUAUAUUUUUUAAUUUAUUGUGAUUAGCUUGCUGAACUUUUAUGUUGGCAGAAAUAUUUUUUCUUGAGAAAUGAUGUACUUGUGAUUUAAAAUAUAAAAAUAACAAUGAAGCCUUUUUUUUUUAAAAUUAUAAUUUGUUUUAUUAUAAUCCUAGAAAAUCAUCUCUCAUUAAUUGUAUAGGUAUUUUAUUUGCACCUGUCUGCAAAAUGUGUUGGUCCUUAGAAAUGAUUUACUAUCUCACAUUCCUUUGCAACAUACAAAUUUGCAUGUUGUGUUCAAUUUAACGUUGUAAUUUAAUCAUAAAUGAUUUUAUGUUACUGUUCCAACUGACUGCACGCAGCACGCCUCUCAAGUGGUUCCCUUGUUUUUGGUUUUACUCAAGAUCAGCCAUAAGCUUGGUGAAACUUCGAAAUAAACAUGUGGAGCGGUGGGUGGACAGGUUGUAAAGGUUUUAUUUCUUUUAAGAGAUUUAAUUACCAAACUUCAACAUCCACACUAAAUGCUGAUUACCUUUUGUUUAAUCACAGGUGACUAAAGGUGAAACACUUUCAUAGUCAGUUGAUUCUUUGGACAACAUCUUCACAUGGAAGGCAGUUGGGAGACCACACACGUCUGUGCUAAUAUUCCAUUGUUAUCAACUUUUAAAUUAUAGCCAGUUGUAUUACUUGUAUGGUUCCACUUAAUAAUUUAAUGACAGAAAAUAUGUGUUAUUGAAUGAUGUGAUGUGAAUGCUGCAGUUUCUGUUUGUUGACAAAAGUUUCAAAAGAAAUUUUAUUCAAUGUGAAAACUGAGUCACAAAUAAGACUGAUUAGAUAUUUUUGGUGUGCAAUCGAAUUAAAGACUUAAUGAUUUUAGUGUUAUAAAAAGUUUGAACAUGAUUGUAAGUAAUAUGGCAAAAUAAUUAUGAUUUAGAGAAAAAUAAUUGUUAUGAGCGUAGCAAGAAUGUUUUGUUAAAAAGAAAGUAUUUGACAUGAUUGUAGUAAGUAUGGUUUUAAAUGACUGCAAGAAUUUGAUUUGAAUGGUUUGUUAAUAAAUAGUAUGAGUAAAGUAAAUGGCGGUAGCAGGCAUGGUUUGUUACUGCUGAGUAACAGAAAAGGAGUUUUGAGUGUGGCCUUUUUAGAAACUUGUCUCAAUGUUGUCAGGUAAACAUUUGAUAGCCAAAUUUUAAGCUGAAUGAAAGAUAAGCAAUGCUGGCAAUGGGUGCGAGGUCUACGUUUAUUUAUGCCCCAUGGAGAUAAAGGUAAAAAGUUAAUUAAGAACCAAUAUUUCAAUGGUGAACCUAAAAUGUAAAUAUCUUUAAAACUGUACAAAAAUAAUUAUUUCUUUGCAAUGUGAACCCGUAACUUGGUCCAGCUAAACUUUUUUUUGCUAUCAAUGGUUUGGAAAUAAUUAUUUUAGAAUUCAGUAUAAAAAUAGCUGAUAAAUAUUUUUGAGGACGACAUGUUGUCUGUACAGCUCACAGUUGUAUAUUUUGUCAUAUUAUCUAAGUCUGGGUUAUCUUCUAUUCAUGUAAAUGGAACAAAAUUGAUAAUUACCCCUUUUCAUACUUGUACUUGUAGUUAGUUUUUGUAUAUAUGCAAGAGAUCUGAUGGAUUGUGUCAAGAUACAUGAGAUAUGAUCCAAUUAAAAAAAACUAUUGAAAAUUCAUUCAUUGCUUGUUUUUUUUUAUAUUUCUGUAACUGACUUAAACCACCUAUCAAAAAUUAAAAUAUAAAGUUGUACCUCCC